AUGGAAAACGAUCUUCGAGCAGAAUUUUUAUUUCGACGAAAGUGUUGUGUUACCGAUCUCAGAAGCACUCCAAAACAAAACAAUACAAGCACUCAAAAACCAACUAAUGCAGGCACUCCAAAACCAAACAAUUCAAGCACUCCAAAACCAACUAAUGCAGGCACUCCAAAAGCAAAUAAUACAAGCACUCCAAAACCAACUAAUGCAGGCACUCCAAAACCAACUUAUACAAGCACCCCAAAACCAACUAAUGCAGGCACUCCAAAACUAACUAAUACAAGCACUCCAAAACCAACUAAUGCAGGCACUCCAAAACAAAACAAUACAAGCACUCCAAAACAAAACAAUACAAGCACUCCAAAACCAACUAAUGCAGGCACUCCAAAACCAACUAAUGCAGGCACUCCAAAACAAAACAAUACAAGCACUCCAAAACCAACUAAUGCAGGCACUCCAAAACAAAACAAUACAAGCACUCCAAAACCAACUAAUGCAGGCACUCCAAAACAAAACAAUACAAUCACUCCAAAACCAACUAAUGCAGGCACUCAAAAACCAAAUAAUGCAGGCACUCCAAAACCAAAUAAUACAAGCACUACAAAACCAACUAAUGCAGGCACUCAAAAACCAACUAAUAGAAGCACUCCAAAACCAACUAAUGCAGGCACUCCAAAACCAAAUAAUACAAGCACUCAAAAACCAACUAAUGCAGGCACUCCAAAACCAGACAAUACAAGCACUCCAAAACCAAAUAAUGCAGGCACUCCAAAACCAAACAAUACAAGCACUCCAAAACCAAAUAAUGCAGGCACUCCAAAAGCAAAUAAUACAAGCACUCCAAAACCAACUAAUGCAGGCACUCCAAAUCAAAACAAUACAAGCACUCCAAAACCAAUUAAUGCAGGCACUCCAAAACCAACUAAUGCAGGCACUCCAAAAUCAACUAAUACAAGCACUCCAAAACCAACUAAUGCAGGCACUCCAAAACCAACUAAUACAAGCACUCCAAAACCAACUAAUGCAGGCACUCCAAAACCAACUAAUACAAGCACUCAAAAACCAACUAGUGCAGGCACUCCAAAACAAAACAAUACAAGCACUCCAAAACCAACUAAUGCAGGCACUCCAAAACAAAACAAUACAAUCACUCCAAAACCAACUAAUGCAGGCACUCAAAAACCAAAUAAUGCAGGCACUCCAAAACCAAAUAAUACAAGCACCCCAAAACCAACUAAUGCAGGCACUCCAAAACCAACUAAUACAAGCACUCCAAAACCAACUAAUAGAAGCACUCCAAAACCAACUAAUACAAGCACUCCAAAACCAAAUAAUGCAGGCACUCCAAAACCAACUAAUACAAGCACUCCAAAACCAACUAGUGCAGGCACUCCAAAACCAACUAAUACAAGCACUCAAAAACCAACUAAUGCAGGCACUCCAAAACCAAAUAAUACAAGCUCUCCAAAACCAACUAAUGCAGGCACUCCAAAACCAGACAAUACAAGCACUCCAAAACCAAAUAAUGCAGGCACUCCAAAACCAAACAAUACAACCACUCCAAAACCAAAUAAUGCAGGCACUCCAAAAGCAAAUAAUACAAGCACUCCAAAACCAACUAAUGCAGGCACUCCAAAUCAAAACAAUACAAGCACUCCAAAACCAAUUAAUGCAGGCACUCCAAAACCAACUAAUGCAGGCACUCCAAAAUCAACUAAUACAAGCACUCCAAAACCAACUAAUGCAGGCACUCCAAAACCAACUAAUACAAGCACUCCAAAACCAACUAAUGCAGGCACUCCAAAACCAACUAAUACAAGCACUCAAAAACCAACUAGUGCAGGCACUCCAAAACAAAACAAUACAAGCACUCCAAAACCAACUAAUGCAGGCACUCCAAAACAAAACAAUACAAUCACUCCAAAACCAACUAAUGCAGGCACUCAAAAACCAAAUAAUGCAGGCACUCCAAAACCAAAUAAUACAAGCACUCCAAAACCAACUAAUGCAGGCACUCAAAAACCAACUAAUAGAAGCACUCCAAAGCCAACUAAUGCAGGCACUCCAAAACCAACUAAUACAAGCACUCCAAAACCAACUAAUAGAAGCACUCCAAAACCAACUAAUACAAGCACUCCAAAACCAAAUAAUGCAGGCACUCCAAAACCAACUAAUACAAGCACUCCAAAACCAACUAGUGCAGCUUUUUAG